AUGGAUUUUCGUUAUUAUGAAGACCCUUCAGAUCAAUUUAGAGGUAGAGAAGGUACAUUACUACCACUGUGGACGAUGCAGUAUGAAAAAGCAGAAUCCCUAUAUGUAACAGAUAUUAGCUGGAGUCCUGAUUAUUUUGAUCUAUUUGCUGUAACACUUGGAACUCCAAUAGGGCACUUGCCAUUAACAGAUAGUUCGGAUAUAGGAUAUAUUUGUUUAUGGUCAUUAAAGAAUCCAUCAUAUCCAGAGUACAUAAAUCAAACGCAUUGUGGAGCAAUGUGUUUAGAUUUUCAUCGUGAACAUGGUUUCUUAAUUGCUGUUGGAUUUCAUGAUGGUCAUCUAGCUGUAUAUAAUGUUAGUUUACCAACUAAAGAACCACAGUACAUGACAGAUGCAGUAAAUACUAAGCAUAAAGCGUGUGUAAGACAGGUAGUUUGGGCUAAAGAUUUACCUGAUGGGGAAAUGAAUUUCUAUUCGAUAUCCGAGGAUGGAACAGUCUGUAAUUGGUUACUUAUGCAAAGCGAAAUGUCUAAAACAAUUAUUGUUACUUUAGUUUUA